UGCCCAAGGAGACGAGGGAGGAGGACUGUAUCGUCGACUACCGUGACCUCUGGGACUGCCUCUUCUCCGACCGCUUCGGUUCCUUCGACGACCAAAGUGACGGCUCUUGGCCCCAUGCGCCAUACCUUCGGACCAAUCCCGCCGUACGCCGCUUCCGAUUGUACCUUGCAGAUUUUCUACAUCCGAGUCACGGACAUCGGCAAAGGUGGUCUCCAAUGGCCUCUGCAUGUCCAUGGCUUCGUUGCCGUCAGGGACUCUGUAGAUCACAAUCGCAAUUUUCUCUUCAAUCGCACAAGGGAUGACUGCCAGGCCCUCACCCAAGAGGAUCCAUUUUUGAUGUUAACUGGCCCAUCUCGUGCACUCCUGUUAAUUGACCCGAUUACUAUUGAAGUUCAGCUCAAAGUGAAGAGCAAAGCAGAGCCUGAAAAGGAUGAAGUACUGGCUUUCAGAGUCUUCGACUACCACAAAGCUUACCAUUCUGUUGAGGUGGAAUCUCCACGGAUCCUCUGCAAGCGCUGCACGCUUGAGUUCGGAUACGCGCCGCUGCUUCCUUCAGUUGAGGCCACCGUCACCGUCCAAGUUGUCGAUGGGUCAUGGGAUGAUCGCUUCCAAGGAGUUGUCACCUGCCGUACUACCAGAUUGAAAAAAGGGGAGAUGGUGUUGUUUGACUCUCGAGAUGGAAAAAUGCCUGUCAAUUUGGAUGGUGUGAUCGAGCUUUCAAGGUGUGUUGUUUCUGUAGAAGAAAGGGGACAACUGUUAGUUUCCAUGCUGGCCCGUCCGAUGGGUAGUGAGGAUGUUUUGGUUGCAACGGAGAAUACCACUGUCUUUACACAGAUGAACGCUGGCACAAGCCGUGGCACGUGCCAUCUUGGUUUCUGCAAGAUGCAAGUUACUGUUGCUUGGUCCCUUCUUUCUACCCUGGAAGACAUGUGGCUUGCUGCGGAACACGGUGUACCUUGAGGGUUUUGUGGAUUGUUUCGACUAUUUUGGCCUUUUGAGUGGUGUAUCUGCUGAAACGUGCUGGUAAUACAAGGACAGAACGCACGCCUAGGUGUAUGCAGGAGUUAAGAACAGAAUCACAGAAGGCCUUGAAGAUGACGUGUAUCACAUUUUGAACUUUGUUGAAACAGGUAAAAUUGAGUCUUUUGUACUGCCGGUGGUGUUUACAUAUACUGCAUGCUGCUACCUAGCUUAAUUUUUUUUGACUGUGACUACGGCGGGCAUAAGCCAACCUGAACAUAUAUUCAGUCAAGUUGCCUAUGAAGCCUUACAGCCUCUACAAGAUGGGUCCAAAUGGACCAGAGUACACAGGGGUUACAAGGGUGGAGAAUAAAAAGAAAAACACACACCCACAACACACAAGAUCGAGGAGGAAAAGUGGCCACCCCACAAACCUAUGGGGCGGUUGGCCGAUGAGAACUCAUCGCAACCCAAGUACAGCGAUCACAAGGAAGAGCCCAGGGAUACGCAAGAGGGGCACCACAGCUCUAGUCCUCGCCGGAGUAAUCGAACGGCAUUGGAUCGCCGAGACUUAGCAACGACACUGCACCGUCGACAUAAUCGAAGGGAAGCGCGCAACCGAGACCACCCUACGCACCGACACCAUCUGCGUCGAGGGGGCUGCCGAAGGGUCGCGCGCGGCCGAGACGAUGCCACGACGCCUGUGUGCCGCCAGCUAGAGUCGAAGGGCAUCACCAAGCAGAGACACACCCAUUGAGCACUCUCGCAAAGAGCACCCUCAACGCGCCACAGAGCUCCGACAAGGAUCCGACACCGGAGCCCAGCAACCGGCAAGAAGAAGUCACCACCACCGCUGCCACGGCUCCCCUCGCAUCGGAGAGGAGACCGCACCCAUGGACGCCAUCUGCAGAACCAUAGGGCACACCGGUACAGAAGGAAGCAGCGUCCCCUGCAACUGAUGGCAAGACAGAGGGGCUCAACACCCAGCCACGACGGCCCCCCGGGUGGGAAGCGCGUCGCCACCAUGGCCGCCACUGCGAAACCAUGGCACUCGCCAGCCCCAGCGGAAACCCCCUGCAGGCUGAUGUCUGAGUAAAGAGGAGACGACUCUUGCAGCCACGCACCGACCACCACAGGCCGGCACACCGCAAGCAGGCACCCUGCCGCCCGACGCCACGCCGGCCAGCAAGAAGAACCGGCUCACGCCCCCUGCCGCCGAGCUGCCGAACGUCGAGGCCUUGGAGGGGGGCGCCCUGCCACCGAUGCAGGACACGACACCACUGCAAGAUCCAAGAUUUGGCCCAGCCAAACCCGCCCCAGGCCGGCAGGCCCGCAGCAGGCCCAGAUCGGGCCCGAG